UUAUGUAGUUUGAUUUUAAAACUGGAAAGACGGAAAUGUAAAUUAUGUAGAGGCCUCAUAAUAAUUUACUCGUAUUAAAAUCAUCAACAUCUAAAAGCGCGACGGCGGCGUAAAAUCGGCGACGAAGAAUGAAAAUAUAGCAGAGAAAAAGGCGACAAAUCUUUUAGAAUGAAAAAUGGGGUUUAUUAACAGAGAGAAAAAGACGCAAUCUUCUUCAACUUCAACGUCGCCAUGUGCUCAGCUAAGAGCUGCUUACAACAACUGCUUCAACAGAUGGUAUUCAGAGAAGUUUUUAAAGGGUCAGUGGGACAAAGCAGAAUGUGUUUCUGAGUGGGAAAAUUACAGAGCUUGUCUUUCUAAACAUUUGGAUGAUAAGCAUUUGAGUCGUUUCUUGGAAGUUGAAAUCAUCCCAGUUGAUGUAGGAAAUCCAGUUGGUGAUGCUGCUGGAGUUUCCCAAUAACUUACUGUUUUUUUUUCGACGAUUGGUCUUGAACAAACAAGUUUAAGGUGACACUUUAGGAUACAUAGAAGGAUACACAAAUUGUUAGUUGUUGAGCGAAAGAGAAUUACUUUUCACAAAGCUGAUUUGGAUUAUCACGUUUUACAUUUAGCUUGAAAAUUAUAAUGAGAGGUAGUUUCAUCUGAACUACCACAAGUUCUGUUUUUUAUUUUCUGCAAAUUGCAUUGUAUGAGAGAACCCUGUAGCAUAAGAGAGUGUAGCCUGCAGUUAGAUUCUUUUUUACGUCAUAUGAAAUAAAUUUAUGGUGCUGGAAAUCCAUGUUGUAGUGAUUUCAAUAUUUUUUUUAAUGGCUACGGUAUUUUAAUGUGGCAAUUUUUUUCU